UACACUUACAUUAAUGAACAAUCCUAAAAUAUUGACUUAGUUUCAAAAGGCAAAUGCUGCCAUAAUUUGCAAAUGAUCUCUUGACAGAAGUACUGAGUUAAAAUACACAACAGAGAAGGCUUAAUGAAGUAGCCAGCUGCGGAAGGAGCUGCACCUUACCUUAAAUAAAAAUGGCUUUCCAUGUGGAAGGACUGGUAGCCAUCAUCUUGUUCUACCUCCUUAUAUUUCUGGUUGGAAUAUGGGCUGCUUGGAAAACCAAAAACAGUGGCAGCUCGGAAGAGCGCAGUGAAGCCAUUAUAGUUGGGGGCCGGGACAUUGGUUUGCUGGUUGGUGGAUUCACCAUGACAGCCACCUGGGUUGGAGGAGGUUAUAUCAAUGGAACAGCCGAAGCAGUGUAUGGACCAGGCUGUGGUCUAGCUUGGGCUCAGGCACCCAUUGGCUAUUCCCUGAGUCUAAUUUUAGGUGGUCUGUUCUUUGCAAAACCUAUGCGUUCCAAGGGAUAUGUAACCAUGCUAGACCCAUUUCAACAGAUUUAUGGAAAACGCAUGGGCGGGCUCCUGUUCAUCCCUGCGCUGAUGGGAGAGAUGUUCUGGGCUGCAGCAAUUUUCUCUGCAUUAGGAGCCACCAUCAGCGUGAUCAUCGAUGUGGAUGUGCACGCGUCCAUCAUCGUCUCUGCCCUUAUUGCUACUCUGUACACCCUGGUGGGCGGGCUCUACUCUGUGGCCUACACAGACGUCGUGCAGCUCUUCUGCAUUUUUGUAGGACUGUGGAUCAGUGUUCCCUUCGCCCUGUCACAUCCUGCAGUCACUGACAUUGGAUUCACUGCUGUGCACUUCAAAUACCAGACUCCCUGGUUGGGGACCAUUGAAUCAUUUGAAGUCUACACCUGGCUUGAUAAUUUUCUGUUGUUGAUGCUGGGUGGAAUCCCAUGGCAAGCCUACUUCCAGAGGGUCCUCUCUUCAUCCUCUGCCACCUAUGCUCAGGUGCUGUCCUUCCUGGCGGCUUUUGGGUGCCUGGUGAUGGCUCUACCAGCCAUAUGCAUUGGGGCCAUUGGAGCCUCAACAGACUGGAAUCAGACUGCAUAUGGGUUUCCAGAUCCCAAGAGCAAGGAGGAAGGAGACAUGAUUCUCCCGAUUGUUCUACAGUACCUCUGCCCCGUGUACAUUUCCUUUUUUGGCCUCGGUGCAGUUUCCGCUGCUGUUAUGUCCUCAGCUGACUCAUCCAUCCUGUCAGCAAGUUCCAUGUUUGCUCGGAACAUCUACCAGCUUUCCUUCAGACAAAAUGCAUCAGACAAGGAGAUUGUUUGGGUCAUGAGGAUCACAGUGUUUGUGUUUGGAGCAUCUGCAACAGCUAUGGCCUUGCUGACGAAGACUGUAUAUGGGCUCUGGUACCUCAGCUCCGACCUUGUCUACAUCAUCAUCUUCCCACAGCUGCUCUGUGUGCUUUUCAUCAAGGGAACCAAUACGUAUGGGGCCGUGGCAGGUUACAUUUCUGGACUGUUCCUGAGAAUUACCGGAGGGGAGCCAUAUCUCUACCUACAGCCCCUGAUCUUCUACCCUGGUUAUUACUUUGAUAAGAAUGGUAUAUACAAUCAGAGGUUCCCCUUUAAAACUCUCUCCAUGGUUACCUCAUUCUUGGCCAAUAUUUGUAUCUCUUAUCUAGCCAAAUAUCUAUUUGAAAGUGGAAUCUUGCCACCAAAAUUAGAUGUAUUUGAUGCUGUUGUUGCAAGGCACAGUGAAGAAAACAUGGAUAAGACAAUCCUGGUCAGAAAUGAAAAUAUCAAAUUAAAUGAACUUGCGCCUGUGAAGCCUCGACAAAGCCUAACUCUCAGUUCAACUUUUACCAAUAAAGAGGCCCUUCUUGAGGCUGAUUCUAGUCCAGAGGGGUCUGGGACUGAAGAUAACUUACAAUGACCCUAUCUAAACAAAAUACUACAGAGCACUGUAGUUGAGUAGUCCUGGAAAGAAGGUUCACAGCAUAUACAACUCAUAUAUAAAAAUAUAAAUGUUUAGGGGGGGAAAUUCUGCAGAGAGCAAAAUAAGUUAUAAAGGAAGAGAUCAGAAACAAUAAGAUGCAAUUGCACAAGUAUAUACCAGGUGAGAAGGAAGCAGCCAUAAAAGUGACAGUUUUAUUUCUCAUCCAUAGUACUUUUAAUUUUGAAGCCAAAUAGCUUUGUUAGGCAUGAUAAAAAAUGAAUAAAGCCCCAGCCAAAGAAUGGUGGCCAUAUGACAUUUAUCUUUAUUAUGGAAACAGGAAGUAUAUGUGAAAGAGCCUGUGAAAAGGAGCCGGGAUGGUCUUGAUCCAGCUUUGCUGGCAACGCACAGGAGCCAGUUUAAUUAUUACAACAGAAGCUGUGAUUAACUCAGGUGCCACUGAACAAUGCAGUGAGUUAGCAGGCUGACUUCUCAAUGUGGGGUUAACCUGCUAUUUCAUGGUCAGAACUGUGGCAUUUGCUCAGCGUGCAUUGUGUAUCUCUCUCUCUCUCUCUCUCUCUCUCUCUCUCUCUCUCUCAUUCUUUCUCUCUUCACUUUUCAUUUUUUGGUGGUGCUGGAGACCUAUCUCAAGGCCUUGCACAUGCUAGGUAAGGGCUCUCCUGCUGAGCUACUUCCCCGGCCCCACAAUCUGUUCUUCUUUUAGCCAUAUAUUUUUCUAAGCACAAGCAACACAAACAAAAAAUUAUUUCAUAGUGACAUUUUCAUGUGCAAAAUGAAGGGAGAAUAGAGCCCAUGUUGGGAAAAGAGCUCUGAGCUCUUUGAGGAUAUCUGUAAUUGUCAUAUGCUCAAAAGAGUGCCUGGAGCAUGGAAAGGUUAUUGGGCAGCAUUACAGCAAUAAGUCAUAAAGAAAAUUAGACAAAAAGGAAGAGGAAAAACAGAUUUUUAUCUCCAGCUGAAGUAUGUAAAGUCACAAGAUGAGAAUAUAAUGUCUUGAUUUAUUUGUUUUCUAAACUAGAAUUGGAAAUGAAAUUGAGCCAUAUGUAAAAAGAGGUAACUGUAUAAUGCCAGUUACAAUUGAUGAGAUGCAAGCUGGUGGAUCAGCAUGUAUUCAGUGAAUAUUUAUUACCAGCAGUUGGCAAACACCUUCUUGUAAUGAAACUGGAAACACAAACUGCUCAUUUUUGACAUUCAUUAAUGAAUUGGGAUAGUAUUAAGGAAUCUACUCUAGGGUACUUUCCACAUAAACUAGUUUUAGGGCCUGGACAGAUUACCUUAAGAAGUAUACACUGAAUUUUAAGACAUAAUAGAAAACAAAAAAUAAAAGCAAGUCCUAAAGAUAAGAAGGCAUCAUUUUAAAAAUAUUUCAGUGAUUCUUUGAGAAUUUCAUACAAUCUAUUUUGAACAUAUUCAUCAGGUGUGCCCAUGGUUUUCAAGAGAUCAAUCAUUAAAUGCUAUUAUACAUAUACAUAUAUAUUAUAUAUGAUAGCAUUUCAAGUCCUUUCGCACAUUAUUUUGAGUUCUUUUUACACAUUAUAGAAGUAACUGGAACUGUGUGAACAAAAUCAUAGUGAACUGAUGAGAUGAAAAAUUAUCCAAGAAUUCAAACUAUUGAAGGAAGUCAGUCUGAAUUACAGAAAGGAAAAGACUUUUCAAUUUUUUUCUACAACAAAUGACAUCAAAUUAGUGUUCAGCAUUAAGUACAAAAAUUGUGUGCUACCCCUUACAAUUCUUUUCCAUAUGUUUCAACUGGAAUUAUCUCAAAACAUCAAAUAAUGUACCCCCUUUGUUACAAAACGCAACUUAAAUUCCCAGUGUGAAAGUCCUGUAAUAAUUCAAUGUUUUGUCAAAACUUGGGUAAAUAUGGCACUGUCUUGAGAAUCUUUCCUGAAUAUCAUGUAUAUCUAAAUGAACACAGAAUUCCUUUAAUUCAUCAAUUUUUCAUAGAAUCAAUUCAGUAUUAUGGAGUACUUGUAGGUGUCAGAGUUCGAGAUUCUCAAACAUGGAUUGAGAAAAAAAUCCAGAAAAAGGAAAAAAAGAGAUAGUAUUGGAUAUGAAAAAGCAAUUAGUAGAUAGGCCUGAAACUUCUGGUGAACAUCAUAUUUCAGAUGUACCAGGCUUUCCAACACAGACCCAAAGAGUGAUUUUUGACCACCUCAUCAUCAUGAGUCCUCCCCCUCAGAGUCAUCAUCAUCAUGAGUCCUCCCUCAGGGUCAUCAUCAUGAGUCCUCCCCCUCAGAGUCAUCAUCAUGAGUCCUUCCCUCAGGGUCAUCAUCAUGAGUCCUCCCCUCAGAGUCAUCAUCAUGAGUCCCCCUCUCAGAGUCAUCAUCAUGAGUUCUCCCCUCAGAACCAUCAUCAUGACUCCUCCCCUUAGGGUCAUCAUCCUGAGUCCUCCCAUCAGGUCAUCGUCAUUUGUCCUCCCUUUUGAGCCAUCAUCAUGAGUCUUUCCCUCAGAGUCAUCAUCAUGAGUCCUUCCCUCAGAGUCAUCAUCGUGAGUCCUCCGCUCAGAGUCAUCAUAGUUCUCCCCUCAGAGCCAUCAUCAUGAGUCCUCCCCUCAGAGCCAUCAUCAUGAGUCUUCCCCUCAGAGCCAUCAUCAUGAGUCCUCCCCUUAGGGUCAUCAUCAUGACUCCUCUCCUCAGGGUCAUCAUCAUGAGUCCUCCUCACAAAGCCACGUCAUGGAUCUUCCCCUCAGACCACCUGUAGCAUAUGCUUCUGUUAUGCAUUUCAUGAAACAUGCAUUUCAUGAAACACUGUAGAACAUACUGUGAAGCUGGUUCCCUUUACAGACGUUAUGUUUUAGAAAGUUCUUGGUCAGCAGUUGUCCCAAUAAUCUUACUUAAUUCCGGUGAAAGAUAAUAUUAAUGGUAAUUAGCAUAGGAACAUUUUCCCUGUCCAAAAUAUUAAAACUAGAUAAAGAAUUUAAACUUAUAGUGUAUUUUAUUUAACCCAAUAUUUCUGAGACAUUGUGAAACUAGAUAUUUAUAAAUCACAUAUCCAUAAAAAUGUAUAAACUGUAAGCAAGAUGAUAUUUUAAAGUAUAAAAAAAAAACAAAAGAAUGAAGUAACCAUCUCAAGAGCUUUACUUAUUAAUGCACAUUAUACAUGCGUUUGCCCUGGUUUCCAAGGAGCUGUUUUGCCGGCUUCAUUCAGUAGACCUAAUUUUCAAAUGACUCCUUAAUGAAAAUAAAACAGUUCAAGCAGUUCAGUCACUGGCUGUAUAACUUUAGGAGAUGAUACCUGUGGGUAAGCAUUAGACUAAGAUCAGAAUUUUAUUUUCAUACUUUACAAUGAUUGUAACAUAUUUCUUAAAGUUUGUGCCCUUCCACACGUUUGGAACAUUCAACUUGUAGUUGGAGUGAUAUGUCAACAAGCUUUCAAAUAUUCAGUGCCAAAAUCCAGUUCUUUACUACACUUAACAUUAAUGAAUUUUACUUGAAUAUCAUAUGAAUAUGAUUCAUAGCUUCAAAUAAGUGAAUUUAAUAUAAUGGCUGUUGGAUUUUUUAUUUGUAAAUAAUUAAUUAGCAUUAUAUUUUAAACAAGAAUCAUUUUUCCUUUCUAUCCUUCUAGAAAAUUUACCCUGGUAUCAUGUAUAACAUAAGUUUGCUAUAAUGUAUGUUUGCUACUGAAUAGAAAAAUACAUAUGAUGGUUCCAAAACCUAUAUUUUUGUCUGUCAAAAUAGUAUAUAAAGUUAUGCUCAAAAUAAUUAGAUUUACAACUAUAUAUGUAAGUAUUUAAAUGUAAUGAUGUAUUAAAUUAUGGUGUUGCAAUUCAGGAUAUCAUUGCCUAGGUUUGACUUUUGUGGGGCCUCUCCUUAAAUAUAAAUGGUGCUUGAAAAAAUUAUGCAAUGGAAUUGAAAUAAACAAAUUAUGGAAAGAUAUUCAAAUGUCAAGUAGAAAAACUUGCACCAGUCUUGGGGUAAUAUAUGGUAUCUUAUCUCAGAAUAAUAUUCCAUUACUCUACACAGGCCUUGCACUGAAUCAGAUAAAUUAAUAAACUCUCCAUCCCAUCCCAUUAAUAUAAAAAUUACAUAUUUUUUAAAACCA